AUGACAAUACAUCAUCACGGUUCCGCAGAACGAAAAUCAGCCGAUGAUUAUUCGGAUAUUCCACGCGGCGAGGCUUGCAAACAGCUCGUCGAGCAACUCAACAGAAAUUUGUACUCGCUAAAUGCAAAUAUGCAGACAACUUUCAAGCAGAUGGUUCAUGUAGAAACAAGAAUUGGUCACGAAAUCUCACUAUUAUCCUCGUGCCUUCAAGAAAAUAUGUCAAAAUGUACAAUGCCAUAUGCUCCUCAUGAAGAACAGCUUGUUCAGUUGGAUUCAGCGAAGCGAAAUUUGAAACAACUAACACGACUUCUAGAUGCUCGUCAAAUAUUUGAUUCCGAGGAUGCUCAUUCAGAGAAAUUGAAGGAUAGAGCUAUAGAUGACUCACUGCUUCCAACACUGGUAGCAAUCGGAGAGAAUUUGAAAAUUAUAAAAGAACUCGGCGCGAAACCUAAAUUCGACUCUGAAUCUUAUCACAAAACUAAAGAUCGAUAUUUGGCUUGGAAGGGUACGGAAUUUGUGGUGAAAUUCGACACUCCUGGAGGCCUAGACGAUAUUUUUGAGGCAUUUACAACACUGAAUUCGGUGAAUGAUUUCUACCGUCUCUACCAACAUCAUUUCGAUCAAUCUCUCGACACACUUCUCAAUAAACAUUCCGGAGUUGAGGAGAAAAAAUCUCUGAAGGAAAUUGGAAGUGCUUUUGUUUCAAAAUCAGCAGAACACUUCAGAACUCAUAUUGGUUCUCUCUGCAAAUAUUGUGAAGAGACUGAAGCAUUCACGCGACUUCUGGACGCGUGGAAGAAUUUCGUGAAGAAUGGAGCGUUGGAGAAACUUUUCGAGAAUACGAUGGAGAAUUACAGCAAUUUUGAUUUGCUGUCGGAUUUGAAAGCGAUCGUCAACAAAGCGUACGAAGAGUUCGAAGCGAACGGUGGCACCAAUGUCGAUGAAGACGAAGAAUCGAUUGAGAAUAUCGAGAGAAUAAUUAGAUCGGUAGCAGAAGUGAUGUCGAGUCUCGAAAACUUUGCAUAUCUCCUCCGUGAAGUCUCUCAUCAACUUCUCGAAAUCUACUCCGACGAUGAUGGUCGAGAAUUCAUGAUCUCUAUUCUCAAACCGAUUUUCACUGAUUACACUAUGAGAUUGGGACGAAUGGAAGAUAAUUCUGCACAGAAAGUGAAGUUAGAGGAGUAUUUGGAGAGAAUUCAGCUAUCUGGGCAAUUGUCGAUGAUUGUUGAUGAGUACAAAGAGCAAACUGAGAUUAAGACAGGGCAGGAGCUGAAAAAUGCAAAGAAAUGGAUGAAUGAGAGAGUGAAAGACGCGAUUCGGGCUAGUCAUCGAUUUGUUACGGAUAAAAUGCCAAAUCAUGGGGUGAGUUGGAAAUUUUGA